AUGGCGUCGGACAACGCCGCGCUGUCGGCCGCGGUGGCGGCAGCGACCGCGACGCUGGACCGCAUCAAGCCGCCGGCCGGCGUGAUCAUGCCGCCGCCGGGCGAGAUGCGCGAGGUGAUUGAGAAGACGGCGGGCUAUGCGGUGCGGGGCGGUGCGGGCAUUGAGGCGCGGCUGCGCGAGAACCACAGCAACAACCCGAAAUUCAGUUUUGUGACGAACCCGGACGACGCGUUCCACGCCUACUACGAAUGGCGGAAAGACGAGUACAGGUCAGGGCGGGUGACGGCUGUGGCGGCCGGUCGGGUGGGGGACGGGGCCGGCAGCACGCCCGGGGGUGGCGCCGCACAGGCGGGCGCAAGUGGCACACCCGCCGACGGCCCCAAGGGCCCCGAGAAGCCGCCCGACUACGCGUUCUCGGCACGCCUGCCCAUCAUGAACGCCAAGGACCUGGAUGUGCUGCGGUUGGCGGCGUCGUUUGUGGCGGUGCACGGGCGGCCGUUUAUGACGCAGCUGCUGCAGCGCGAAGUCAACAAUGCGCAGUUCCAGUUCCUGCUGCCGAACCACUCGCUGCACAGCUACUUUCAGCACAUGGUCGACCAGUACACGCUGAUCCACAAGGACCUGGGGGCCGCCCCGGCCGAGGGCGAGGGCGAGGGCGACAAGGCACCGGCGACGUCGUCGGCGGACCGCCUCGCGCUCCUGCGCAAAAACGCCGACGAGCGUUUCUCGAUCCUGCUGCGGGCCAAGCAGCGCAUCGCGUACCGGGACUGGGAGGCGUCGCAGCGCAAGAAGGAGGAGCACGCGCGGGUGGUGGCCAAGGAGGAGCUGGCGCGGAUCGACUGGACCAACUUUACGGUGCUGGAGACGAUUGUGUUUAGCGAGGCGGACGAGGCGGCGCCGCUGCCGCCGCCGACGUCGCUCAACGACCUUCAGUACGCAUCGCUUGAGGAGAAGAGCAAGCUGUCAAUGUCGGCGAACCGGAUGAUCGAGGAGGCGUUCCCGUUUGAGGCGCCUUCGUAUGGGCGGUAG